AUGGAGCCCCUCCAUUCAGCCAUCGACUCCCCGACCCAUUCCAGAGACAAGUCGGCAAAGUCCCAGAUUCGCAUCGAUGAGCUGCCAGCCGUGAACCGACCCCGUCAUGGAGGACUUGCCAACAAUGCGAUAUCUCCUCUACGCCGUGCCAACACGGUGGCACAGAGUGGGAACCUCAUUAAGAGGAACCUGGAACUCAAGGCUACACGAGACAAGACCGACACGACUACGGGGAUACGUGCUAAAGAUAGCCAUGAAAUGUUACGAAAUGCCCCAUUACAACGGUCUAAGACGCAGAUACACCGGUCUGCACUGGAAACUCGCCCAGCGGGACGUAAAGCCGGUCAUUUUACGGUUGGAAGUGUCGGCCAAAACGGAAAGAUCUUUCUCAGACCGAUUGCAAAUCCGCCGCAGAAAGCCCCUUCAAUAGUUCCAUUCUCCUCGAUCGAUCAAGUGACGAGCGACCGUCUUCAGCCGCAAAGACACGCACCAGUUCGAGAUGACCCAUCACGGUGGUCGAGUUCGCAGCUGUCUGAACUUCGCCCACGCGGAAACCCCGGCGAUGAUAAGGAGUCCGUCUGUUCCGAAGCACCGCGGCCCGAAUCCACCCUCUACCAUCGUCAACGAGCCAACUCCUUCUCUACAAUCUCAGAGCAACAGUCGGUAUCGGGCGCGGGAAAGCGUGGAGAGUUGCGCAUUGUGAUUGACCGAUCUGAAGACCGACCCAAGUCAGCAGGCGAGAAAACUGGCAACUCAGCUCUAGAAGUCCCCAUCCCCCAUUACCGGCUCGGUUCCCCACGUUUCAACACUGAAGGCAGUGCGAUGCUGCAUAGUUCCGUCUACACGCGGACCUCAAUGUCCGACAACUUUCGAAACUCGACCCUGCUGGGUGGCAUGGCCGAUCCUUUGCCAACGCAUCUUCAAAGCGCGUACAGUAGAGAUUCCUUUUCUCGAAACCGGCCCUCUUUUGCAGUCUCCUUGUUCUCUGGGACUGGGGCUAUAGAUCUCAGCCGAGCUUCCCCCAUCCCGAGGAACUCGGUGGUCUAUGAGUUGAAGGGACCCGUCGAACCCUCGAUCUAUGAAGCCUUGGUCUCGGAUAUGGAUGGCCAAUCGGUCGUGCGGUAUAUUCCCGGCACCAAAGACAUAAGUGCAGCUACGCCCGCCCGCAUCGUCGCACAGAUCUCUUCCGAGUCGUUCAUGGACUAUGAGCUGGUGUCGGACUUCUUUCUCACAUUCCGCUCUUAUCUUUCUCCGAGCCACCUGCUUGCCCUACUCCUUGCACGUCUGCAAUGGGCGAUCAACCGACUCCAGGAGGAUGGACGCAUUAUUCGCAUUCGUACCUUUGCAGCACUCCGCCAUUGGAUCUUGAACUAUUUUGUCGAUGACUUUGUUGCAAAUUAUGAUCUUCGAACCCACUUUUGCGAAACUAUCAACAAGCUAUAUACUGAUGUGAAAUCACGGGAGACCGGCGGCAUGAGUGAUUUGAAAAUUCUCAUCGACUUGAAGCGGUGUUGGAAUGGCAAGUGCUCUGUCUACUGGACAGCUGCAGAAUUCUCCCGUGCAUAUAACGACCCCGAUACCCCCAUUGCACCCGGAAGCAUGCAUAUUGAAUUGUCUCCCGUCGAUGUGCUCCAUCAGAACCCUCCGUCCGAGGGCAGUAUUCCCCAGUCGGAUACGAAGUCCCGCGAUAGCCUCCCUGUUUCCAUACAGCAUGACCGAAACGAUUCUGCUGCCACCGCUCAAAGUAUACCCUUUUCCACCAAGAGCGAGCAGAGCGUGUUAGCACUCUCUUGCUCACUGCCACCCAAGUCCUUGAAGCGCUUGUCCAUGCCCUAUUCGAAAGGCAAGGCACCGCAUCCAGUACCUUUAGGCCUCACAAAAAGCACGUCUCCUCACGAACAAUCUCCAAGCUCACCCAAGCUGUCACGGUAUCCAUUUCAUGGCCAUGCGCACAAGAGGAGUGGCAGCUUCUCUGAUUCUGUGCGAGAUGACCGAGUGCCGAUAUAUGGCGAAUCCGGUUCGGCCGGACCUGCACCGCAAGAGAUCCUGGAUCCCGUCAGCUUCAUUCGCGGGGCCUUAUAUCCUCCGGCAGAGUCGUACAUGACAAUGAUGGCACCGGACUCGCCUCCGUUGGCCCCACCUUCAAACUCAUCCAAUACGGAUCGGCGAAGCAUCCCAGAUGGUGGGCCCAAAACAGGCCCAUCAAAUUCAGGUGUCAGAACUAUUAUUGGGUCGAUCAAGCGUGCUCUUCAUACGAGAAAUGGCGGCCAAAGUGUCUCUGCUCGGAUUGGAAAUGCUUCCGAUGCUAUUUCGCUCCCCUCGCGUGGGAAGACAUCCGCGAUGCCUAAUCAUAUUGCAUUGGGAUCUGAGUUUUACCGCGAAAGAAAGAUGGCUGCCGGCCCUAAGCGGCCAGCUCGGAUUGACUUGCUCUGUGAUGAGUCUUUGAAACAAUAUCGUCAGGUGAUGGGUACACAUGAUGUUGGAAAAGAGACAACUCAGCAGCUAGCCACUGCUCCUGGCCUGCAAAAUACCUUGGCCGAUGCUUAUGUAGAGCCACCCCACCUGCCGUCUCUCGAAACCCCCAAAGCGGACGGGUCCAAGAUCAUGAGUGGUUUAACUACAGGAAGUGGAUCCAUUGUGAUUCUACAUGACACUGGAUUUGAAUUUCCUGUCAUGUCAGGAGCUGUGCCAGCAGUCCCUGAUAGUCAUGCUCGGUCCAAUUCGGAUAGCAAAGUGAUGUCAACCAUGUCAAAUGUCAAGUCACAGACAUCGACACCAGGAGAGGGAGAAUAUUUGCUUCCAGUCUACUAUAACGGUAAUGCACCAGAGGUCAAUGUCCCGCCCCCUGUCCCUUCGAUCCCUCUUGGCUCUCUGUCGCACCGGCGGUCUUUUUCAACCGAACGCCAAGCCACGCCCACUAAGCGAAUGUCGCUCUCCCUUCGCCUUCGAAAGUAUGCCUCUUUUCAGAGCGGAAUCUCCAAGCAUCGCCUGUCGAUGAAUAGCGAUGCUAGUAAGUCCAACGCCGGAUCAAUUGCUACACAAGAUCUCGCGGAUAAGCCGAUGGGCCCAUCGCUUCGCCGACGGCCUGGGGGCAACUUACGCCAGAUGCAAUUUGUGGAUGAGAUGGAGCCUGGCUCUGGCCGUGAUUCGUUUGUGUCCACUGGCUCCUAUGGCGAAUCUUUGAUGGCCGAGACAAUUUCCUCAACCGCCGAUACUAUUGAACGCCCGCCAUCGGCUCUGAUCCCUCCCAACCCUCGAUUCUCCUUAAUCCAAGGCGGUGGGGGCUCGAAUCGCAACCUGCGGCGCUCUUUCGAAGCAGCUAUUGCCCAAUUUGCCCAAAUUCCCGAUGACGAUGAUGGAGGCAUCGAGUCAACCUUGCUCAAACUCGAAGGCAAGUGGAGAAGCCCUGGCGACGUUCAAGAAAUCAGCAGACACGAGGAAAGCCCUCAUACUGGUAUCGAAAGGCAAGCUAAGCCUGGCUGGGAAGUUCUUUCUCGGCGCCGACAGACAGACAGAUCGGCCUACUCCACCGUUGGAGGGAGACUUGCACCUCCUAGACCCUACUCGGACUCUGUGGCGGAUUCUGAAGAGUCUUACAACUCCAUUCCUCUUCUCGAGCGAGGAUUGACGGACGAGUCAAUGAAGCGGCCACCCACGAGUCGACUCCACGUCGCCGAUGCUUAUGGAGCUCCUCUCAGCCUCAUUUCUAGCCGGGAUACCUCUGAGCUCGCCUCAUCGCACCCGUCGAUUCAGAUUAUUCAAAAGACGGAAAGCAUACAACGCAUCCCCCGUGGAUCAACGGUCCCCGAACUCGGUUCUGGCUCAGUCGGGCAGAAUACCCCCAAACGUCGAUCUGCUUUGUCCUCGGAGGUGUCUGUUGACCUAAUCGAUUCACGUGAGGUCAUGGACGGCCGUCUGUCUACGGACACCCGCAGCCUUACCGCUUCGACUGUUGAUAUCGCGCCUCACCCACUAGCACACCCACCAUCGCCUCCAAUGACGAUUCAACAUCCGGGCUCAUUCGGUUCCUCUGUUUCCCCCUUGGACAAGGUGUUGUUCCAGCCCCAGCCUCUCACGCCUGAGACAUCACCCAGGCACCGGGAGUUGGAUACAGCCAAUAUUAGAUCCAGAAAUGUUCCCCAGUUCUCGACUGAUGUGCUCUCCAAUUCGGAGAAGAAUCGCCCCAUCCAACCCACCCUCAAUGAGACCGGGCCCGACCACGUUCCUUUCGUCCUCGCUUGUGAGUCACAAAUGCUUGCUCAACAGUUAACUCUGGUCGAAAUGGCAGCCUUGAGUGAGGUUGAUUGGCGGGACUUAGUCGAAAUGAGGUGGAGCAGUGCUUCUCCGGCUAUCACCAGCUGGGUGCAGUUCCUUUCUGCGGAACACCGCAAAGGAAUUGAUUUGGUUGUUGGUCGCUUCAAUCUGAUGGUGAAAUGGGUUGUGUCCGAGAUCGUCUUGACUCGCGACAUUCAUGAGCGAGCCCGCACUAUUAUCAAAUACAUUCAUACGGCUGCGCAUGCGCGUCGCCUUUGCAAUUAUGCGACAAUGCUUCAGAUUGCCAUUGCUUUGUCUUCAUCGGAUUGUACUCGGCUGCAGAAUACCUGGCAACUAGUUCCGAUGGAAGAUAAGCGGCUGUUCAAGGACAUGGAAUGUUUGAUUCAGCCUGUGCGCAACUUCCAUGACCUUCGUGUCGAAAUGGAGACGGCUAAUUUGCAAGAAGGCUGUAUUCCAUUCAUUGGUCUCUACGUGCAUGACCUGACUUAUAACGCACAAAAGCCAGCCCAGGUCAGCAAUUUUGGCGGAGGACUACUAGUCAACUUCGAACGGUAUCGCACCGCAGCCCGCAUUGUCAAGAGCCUUCUUCGCCUCAUUGACGCUAGCACGAAGUACCGCUUUGAGCCAGCUCAAGGUAUCAUCGAACGGUGCUUGUGGAUUGCAUCUCUCUCCGAGGAGGAGAUCUCAGUCCGGAGUAAGAGGCUUGAAUAA